AGUCCCCACUUGCAAAAAAACCUCCCACGCCGGAAAAUAGCUCCCCGUCGCCGUUGUGUCAGAUCCCGACCAAGCAGCCUCUCUCACAACCUCUUCCCUUCUUUCAGCUACCUACCUACGAAAUCCAAUCUCUUACUCUCUCUUCCUCUCCCUCUCGUCUCUCUCUACGCGUCCCACCAUCUGACACACCUGCCGGAAAACCGCCCGGAAAUCGGUUUCCUCUCUUCGUGAUGGGAGUUUCCAUCUCGCCGUUGCAGACCCCGACUCGAUUGCUGUGGAGCACGAGUUUCUUCCGCCACAAGAUCAUGAUCUUCUAAUUAGUGUAGAAAAGGAGGGGCAUUCUAUCAAAAAGGAGGGGGUUCUUUUUUCCCGAUCUGACACACCGGGAUGGAUUCCAGCGGGUUUUUGUUCGACGGUUCCUGCCAUGGAAACAUGCUCUUCGUAGGGAACGGAGAUCGGGUUUUCCGAGGCCCUAGAACUGUGCUUCUUAGCAUGGAAGAAGCGUUGAAAAAGCGUCCCUUCUUCACAUCGCGCGAAGAAAUCGAAGAAGAGUAUUACGAGGAUGAUCACCAUCUGCCAGAAAAGAAACGCCGCCUCACACCCGAGCAGGUGCACCUGCUUGAAAGGAGCUUCGAGGCAGAGAACAAGCUGGAGCCAGAGCGCAAGACCCAGCUGGCUAAGAAGCUUGGGCUCCAACCCAGGCAGGUCGCCGUUUGGUUCCAGAACAGGCGGGCCCGGUGGAAGAACAAGCAGCUUGAGAGGGACUACGAUGUCCUCCGAUCGUCCUACGAAGCCCUCAUUGCCGACUACGACAAUGUCAAGAAAGAGAAUGAACGGCUCAGAUCGGAGGUGGUCUCUUUAACUGAGAAACUGCAGGCCAAUGAGGCGCUGUCGGUGGGCCCGAAAGCCGACCCCCCGUCGGAGAAUGUGGUCGCUUCCGACGCUCAUGUCAGUGUGAAGGUGGAAGACCGACUGAGCUCGGGCAGCGUCGGGAGCGCUGUUGUCGAUGAGGAUGGCCCGCAGCUGCUUGUCGAAAGCGUCGAUUCCUACUUCCCUGAAGACUACGGCGUGGGAACGGCAAUCAAUGGGGUCCAGUCUGAAGAAGAAGAAGACGGAAGUGACGACAACAGGAUGUAUUUCCCGGACGUCUUCGCAGCUGCUGAUCAACAGAACCAGGCAGCCGUGGCCAGCGAGUCGUUGGGCUGGUGGGUCUGGUCUUGAAUCUCCUCCUUGCCUGAUAUAAGUUUCAACCGUUGCUAAGAAGAAAAAGACUCUUCCCCCAUGCAAUGUGUAAUAAAAGUACCUUUUGUUA